UAUCGAAACGCAUGGACUACCCGCUGGCGAGGAUCCCAAAUGAAAGCUUUAAGAUGGAUUCUGUACAUUGCUAUUGGAGUGGAGCAAGUGGUGAGCAGUCCUUUCCAAAACCCAGGCCCAUAGCAAACACAUUAUCCAGACUGGCUGAGCUGAUGGCUUGUGUGGAGCAUAGACAAGAAGGACAUUCUCCAAAGUCCCAACAGUCCCGUUUUUCCAUCUGUAAAGAUUGCGGUCAAGAAUUCUCAGAUCUCAACAGUUUGUCCUGCCACCAGCAGAGCGAGCAUGCCCUGCAAAAGCCUCAUCGCUGUCAUCACUGUGGCCAGGAAUUUGUUCUUGGGUCUACCUUGCAGCUGCACAGAUGCCUAACCAACCACUCGGUGUGCAAAGUGUGUAGAGGGAGGCCGCAGCAGGGCUCCUCGCGCCCCUCAUUUCUUGCUGAGGCCUCGGGCCCCCAUUAUCUAAAGGAGCAAUCCCACCAUUUGAACCAAAGACUUCACCAUGACAGCAGUCCCUAUGCCUGUGCCCCAUGUGGAAAAGCGUUCAGCCAUAAGCAGGAGCUUCUGUGCCACCAGCAGGCCGGGGGCUGCCAGCCAGCACCACUGAGCCCCAAGGCAUUCGCGACUUCUCCGGCUUUGCUUGCCCUUUCUCCUGAUGAUGCACCCACGCCUUCCUAUGCUUCCCUUCCAGCCUCACCUUCAGAGACCAAAGAGUACCCAUUUACUUGUAGUAACUGCCUGAAAACAUUCCGUACUGUGCAAGGCCUGGCUAGCCAUCAGCGUCUUGUUCAUACAAAUAGUAAGACAAAGAAAAAGAAGACAACUGCGCUUAACCAAAAGUUGAAGUGUUCUUUGUUUCCAUGCCGAUCAUGCGACAGGGUUUUCUCUCAGACCUCUACGCUGUACCUACAUAGGAAAGAAGAGCACAGACGGAAGACUUCGAGGAUGAGACAGCAGAGGAGCUAUGCGAAGUGCACCCGGCAGAGGCAGAAAGGCGAGACGUACCCAUGCUUGCACUGCGGAAAGGUAUUCUUGCACCAUCUCACUCGCUGGGCACAUUUCAAGAGCUAUAGCACCCACUAUCAGACCCACCUUGCAAACAGUGGCAAAAUGGACAAAGUUGGCAGGGCUGCCAAAGACCUCAAAACAGCCAAAGGCCUUAAACUUAAACAUGCCUCAAAACCUUUGAAGGAGUCUAAACUUUUUAAGACUAACAAAAAAGUAAAGAAGCAGCACCUACCUUUGAGGACCAGAAGGCAGGAGUUUGCAGACAAGGAGGCUGCAGAGAUACAAGAUGAAGAUGGAGAGUUCCCUUGCACAUCAUGUGAGGAGGUCUUCAAGACCCAGUCUUCCUUGCAAAAACAUGAAGAGGUUCACCGGUCCUCAUACAGCCCAAACCACUGCAGUGUGUGUACUGCUGGGAUUGCUCUGCCUGCAGUUGUGGAGUCCCCUGUGAAUAGAGUCUAUCACUGUGUCCUUUGUAAAGAGAUAUUUGUAGACCUGGUUACUUUUCUGCAGCACUGUACAACACACCAUUGUGGCAAUGAAGAUGAAAAGGAUGGUGACCAGCUCAGUGAUGAUUGAGAGGAUUCACAGAUUAAUGUCUGGCCAGAAUAACAUAGGAAUUGUGUGUUGCAUGUCUUCCUCCUUUGGCUUCUCCAAAGAGGUAGUUUUGCAUAUUUAGCAGCCUUUGUUGUCUGUGAGAUUUGAGCUUUUACUGCACCUUGAAGAGCCUUCAUAGGUACUGAAACAAGUUCAGUCGCCAAUGAUCUCUUACAAAUGUAAGUGAAAUAAUGCUAAACAAUGUUUCUAAGAAAGAUUAAUGUAUGGUUAUUUGCUGUGAUUCAUCAACACCGUUGAAUGUUAAACUCUUUUGGUAAAACAUACACUGUCAAAUAUCAAUUUCUAUAUUUCUGUUAAAAUACGUUCUCACUGUAUAAGUUACAGACCAUUGUUAAAUACCAGCUAUAUAUUUGUAGAUUUAUUCAAAUGCUGAACCUAAAUCCUGCUGUGUACACUGCUAAAUUUCUCACAGUAUAUUGGUGUAGGACAGUUUGAAUCUACUUUUUGCAUUAACAUCUUUUUAAGACUAAAAUAAAUUUUAUUAGCUCGUUAGCAACUUUCUUGACGUGUUAUUUUUGACACUGGAACAGAACAACUUUGUUGUUAGUACUUAUGUAGACAUGUACACAUAUAGACCACAAAGAAAGGUAUGAUUCAGAGUAUUGUUCUGUUGCCUCAGUUGAUUAUCAUAUUUCCCUGAAAAAGAUGUGCUUAUUCAUUUUCUGUGCAAGCUACCCAAGAGGCCACUGAAACUAGUCUGUUGUAUCAGAUAAAACCACUUGGUUUUUUUCAGACAUGCCUUGAAAUAACAAAUGUUUCGUGAAAAUGGGAGUUUAAGUAGUUCUGUGGCCCUUAUAGCUAAACCAAAAGCACCUUUAGCUAGCACGUUUCACCCCUGUGCCUUAUUAUACUCACCUCAACUAGUGCCUUGUGGUAGCAUGUGUGCUGGGCCUGCAUAUUCCUAAAGCAGCUGAGUUGGAGUGGGAUUUUAAUGUAGAUCAGUACUGCUGUGACAUUACUGUAUUUUACAUUCUCUCUCAACAACAGAAGUCAGAGACAUACAUAUUGUCAAAGACUGUCUAAAGAUGUUUUUGUUCAUUCACAGACUCUCUCCAAAUCUACUGCUAUGUUUCAAGACACAUGGAAAUAUUAUGCAAGCGUUAAAGCCACUGUCAUCGGUAUGUGGGUUUGUGAAGAUUUAUGUUUGAGAUUAUCUCCAUAGUAUGAUAUAAUCUCUUAUUUGUUUAAUUUUUGUUGGGAGAUAAAUACAUGAAUGGAACACAG